AUGGGGAAUGUAAUCAGCUGGAUCCUGUCAAAUAUUGGGCAGGAUGAAAGACAGGGUGAAGCGAGAGAAGAGAACCAACCACAAUCAUUGGCUGGCAUGAUUAACACGCUAGUUCCCAUGAUUAUUGUUGCGAUCAUUUCCCUAGUGGUAUUCCUGUCGACCAGGCGAGCACAGAGACGCUUCUACGCUCCUCGAAUACACCUCGGUUCCCUCCAAGAUCAGUAG